GACUUCUGUCAGCUUGAUCCCUCAGAUAGUCCACAGCAUCAGAGCUGGAAGGAGACGUCUCCUUCGUGCAUGCUUCAUUCGGGGGUGAGAAAACAAACCUGCAUACGGAAAAGGAUUCAAGCAGAUUUUCUCCUGCUUAAAUCCAGCAACCCAGCUUCCACAGCAAGAUCAUGACUCUUAACCACAAUCACUCUCUGGGCUUCUAUAACGGAUCGCCAUGGUUCAUAUACGAGUGCACCCUCGAUCUGGAUACCAACUACAGGCGCAUCGCCCUCUUCCUGAUCUACCUGUUCAUCUUCAUGGUGGGCCUGCUGGAAAACCUGCUGGUCAUCUGGGUUAACUGGCGCCGGCGUCACUCAGCCAAUGGCGUGCUCUUCUGCAUCAUUAAUGUGAGCCUGUCGGACCUGAUGGUGAUUGUGAUCCUGCCUUUCUUCAUGCUGGAGGUGACUUUAGACAAGGUUUGGCUAUGGGGAGGUUUCCUCUGCAAGGUUACCAACCUCAUCUAUGUGAUCAACUUCUACAGCAGCUCCUUCUUCCUGGCCUUCAUGACCCUGGAGCGUUACCUGUCCCUGACCAGACCGUCGCUGCCGACCCUCCUCCCAGUGAUGGGCCGGCAGCGCUGGCUGAUCUGUGGAGCCCUGUGGGUGUUUUCCUUGUUUUUGGCCCUGUUGGAGAACGUUCAUGUGAAUCUCCUAGAGUGGGACGAGCCGGGCUGCUACAUGAUGCCUGAGCACAGCUACACCGAGUGGUUUGUGUCUGUCGCCUUCCUCUGUACGAUCUUCCAAUUUGUGGGCCCAGCUGCCAUUAUCAUUACUUGCAACGUGCUGAUCGCCCGUGCUGUUAGAACAGCCCCGGAUGUGGAGGGGCGGCGGGACGUGUGGUUGGUCCAUGUGUACUCCCUGGUGUUCGUGGUGUGCUGGCUUCCUUACCACUUGGUUACGUUGCUUAUGAUCAUAGACGACCUUGACCCCUUUUUGUUCAGCUGUAACACGGUGGAGUUCCUUUACUUCUCCUACAUUGUGGUGCAGGGUAUCGCUCUUUUCCACUGUGUCGCAAAUCCUCUCCUCUACAAUUUCCUCAGCAAGAGCUUUCGCCGCAAUUUGAUCAACACUGUGAUAAGUCACAUCCCAAGGGAGGAAGCAGCAGAGCAGAUGGAAGUGGGGGCAAAGCCCAACACCAAUGGGGGCAGAGAGGACCCGGGUAAGCAGCGCAAGAUGAGUAACGCAAGCACCAGCCAGUCUGAUGUUGGGUCAUAAAAAGAACUUUGGAUUCUUGUCAGGAAGAAGACAUUUUGUUCGUUUCAGUAAAAUCUAGAGAAAAAGAAAUAUUUAGCUGUGCACUUCAGACUAGGUCUCUAAUGGGCACAACUUCCUCCUAUAUCCCACCUACUGCUUAUUUUUCCUGCAUAAUAUCAUGAGGUUUUAGUGGAGCAAGGCGGGCAAUAUUUGUUUUUUUUUCUCCAAAGCUGCUCAGCUCCCACAGGACCUUUGGCCAAUGACUGUAAUCUUCUAACAAAGGGGAGGAAUAGUGCCACGCCAGGAAUGUGUGUAGACAAACAUCUGCACACGUCCAGCCCUUAUGGACUUCUAUAGUUGCAAACAUUGGAAUACAGCUCGUUAUUUUAAGAUCAAAUCAAGGCAUACAUCGCAUUUCUGUCGUAGUAUCUGUGCAUACUGAAUAAAAAAACUUUAAACAGUG